AUGGCUGGGUUAAGCCUCACACAACUUGCCAAAAAGGCGAACGCAGAAAGGAUGGCAGCACGACGAAAGGCAGAGGCUAUUCGACCCGGAGUGCCUCCUGCUACUGAAACUCAACCCUCCCUACCUGUUAGCGAAUCUCAGCCCGCCUUGCCUGUUAUUGAGGAGGGGACAGCAGAAAUACAAAGUGCCGAGGCUGAGUUGGUUGUGCAGGCCGAUCGAGAGACUAAAGAAAGGGCCGGGAAGCGCUCUGCCGAAGUUGAGGCCGGCUCAAAAGUCAGAAGGAUAACGGAGAUGGGCCGUCGCUAUCGUGACGCCAUCGAACAGCUCGGCCGUCUUCAAACGGAAGUUGAGGGCCAAAGGAGCAGGGCCGAGUUUAAGGCUUUAAGGUCGAAGAUGGAAGGCGCGCGAGUCGAAUCUAAGAUGGAGAGGGCACGAAAUACGGAGCAACUGAGAUUAGCCGCCGAGAGAAGGGCGGACGCGAGCGAGGGGGUGCUAAAAUUGGCCCAGGAGGCGGUCUCCAAACUGGAGGCUGAGUUGGAGGAAGCAAAGAAGGCGAAGGAAGCGGCUGACUCGAAGGCUUCUAAGGCAUUGCAGGCUGAGAAAAGUGCUGCCCUUGCUAAAUAUAUAAGUGAAUGUCAAAUGGAGUUUUCUUCAAUUAGCAAAGGAGAAGCUCGAACUUUGGCUAAGCUUGAUGCUGCAAUGAAUCGUAGCAGAGAACCCACCCGUGCGAGAGGUAGGGCGUUCAAAGAAUGGGAAAAAGGUCAGCCUCUAAGUCGUCGAAGCAGAUCACCCCUAAGAGAGAAGCAGCAACGGGGAAGCUCUCCGCAACCGCGACCGAGAAAUGAGGCUGAUGUAGCAUCGCGACCGUUGAGUUUUACUAUUUUUGCGGGGAAUUCCUUUCUUGUCCGGGAUCUUGGCUUUGACGUUGUCUAUGGUGUCAAAGCUCUCCACCUCGAGGGUGAUUGUCUCGCCAGUGUGAACGUCGUGGAUUUAAGCAUGGUCAGAUCAAAACAUUUCAAGCUACGGAUGCUCUCUGAGCAGCGGGCGUUGAUUCGGCGCUGCCGCUGUACCAACGCGACCUCUUCUUCGCCCUCGAUGUUGAGAGGGUGA